AUGGCUGAUCCUUCGGCCCCCGCUGCUCCAGACGAGGAGAAGAGUGCAGAGAAGCCCGACGAGAUGCGCACCCAGGAGCUCGACGACGGCCUCAGGUUCCAGCGUGCCACACCGGCCUUCAUCACCCAGCACUUCGAAAACAACGCCCAGAUGUGGGCCGCGCCGCUCAGCAAGGAGGACUACCUGCAGCUGCAGCGCCAGCUGGCCAUCACCGAUGCCAGCGUCGGCGACACGGCCUACUGGGUGCUCACCCACAAGGACAAGCCCGAGACGGUCAUCUCGAGCUGCACCGCGUACAUUCGUGAUGCCAUGAUCAACGUGGGCUAUGGCAUGCAGUCAGUCAACGCCGUCGUCAUCACCGACAUCUUCACCAUCCCUGAGCAGCGCCGCAAGGGCAUGGCCACCAAGCUGCUGCAAAAGGUGCAGGAGAAGCUCGACGAGCGGGAGAAGCGCAUCGAGUUCAGCGUCAUCUGGAGCGACAACCGCCCCGAGUUCUUUGAGGAGCUCGGCUGGAAGGCGCAGCCCGCCAACACGCUGCGCAUCCGCCUCCCCAAAGGUGCACCCAUCGAGAUGCCGCCCGCGACGGACCAGCUCGCGUACGCCACCGGCCCGCGCAUGGCCAACAUUGUCCAGCGCGACAUCAAGAUGACCAAAUGCCGCUUCACGUACAUACGCGACAAGAAGAAGAUCGUCGCACAGCUGAUCCCCACGCAUAAGCUGCUGCGCUGGCACGCGGUGCGGACCGUCACCAUGAAGGGCCUUCUCACCGGCGGCGAUGCGGUGGCCGGCGACGACGGCUGGCUGGGCGCCUCGUGGGUCAGCGAUGAGAACCGCACGCAGGUGUGGGCUUGGUGGGUGCCCGACUAUCGCUCCCGCCGCCUCUUUAUCGCACGCUUCAUCACGGUACGCCUCAGCGGCAUGGAGCAGGGCAUGAAGGAACUCCUCAAGGUGGCCGCCGCCGCGGCCUCAUCGCUCGGCUUCCGCGAGGUGGUCAUGUGGGAGCCCACGGAACAGGUCACCAAGGCCGCGUCUCUCGUCGUCGACGAGCUGCCCGAGGGUUCCAAGAUGUUUGUGGAGGAGCGCACCGAUAUGAUUCCCUGCCUGCGCUGGCACGGCGGAAAGGAACGAGUCGGCGGCCUCAUUGAGCCCGAGUUUUACGGCUAUGCCUAA